AUGGCCGAAGAAGGCAAGUUUUAACUCAACUUUAGAUUUCCAGAAUUUAGCAGGAAAUACGAGCGAGCAAAGUUUAUUGCUUGCACACGAAACGGUUGAGAAGUUAAAAGAGAAGAUUGAUAACCACAUUUAUUCAGAAUUUAUUAGCAAUCAGAAGAUUCCUUUCUCAAGUGAACAUAUUCUCCAGACCUGUAUUACUGCUGUAAAUAGUUGUUUGGGGUACCAUGAUUUGGUAUUUUCUACUAGAGGGGGAGACUUCGAAGAUGUAGAGGACGAGCCUCCCCUCCCUACAAUCGACAAAUGGUGUAUGGACAAUGUCCACGUUGAGAAAGUCAACAAGCUAUGAAUCGACACUCUUGACCCAGGAGACGAUGAUAAAUAAAUCAAUCCGCUCAUAUCGGUCAUUUGCAAAGUCCUACACUUCUGGGUUAAAAAGGACUCAGAAGACAUUUUUAAAAAUCAGAGAAAAACCUGAAGCUAAAAUGAUCAAACUUAAGCUAAAGCAAAGAGAAGUCCCUGAAGAUGAGGCUAAGCUUCGUCAAAACAAGGAAAAGCAAAUCCUCAUUCGACAAAAAGAAGCUGCAGAGAAAUAAGCGGAUUCUUGAAGAAGAGCGACAAGAGAAGAUCAAAAAGAGAUUUGCACAGGGUGGUGACCCCAACGCUAGCCUUACUUGUGACCAUAAUGGUAAACCUAUGAUUGUGAAGAAGCUGAAUGGCAAUAAAAUUGGCCCAAGAGAUGGUCCGAGAUACUCAAUAGAAACAGUAGAUAGGCACCAGAUCAAGAUCAUGAAGCGGAAGAAGCAGAAAAAAUUUGAAUCUUAUGCUAAAAGUCUAUUCCAAAUCAAUUUCGAAUCAAAAUAGCAUCGUUGAUGAUUUGAAAUUAAACCGUGGUGACUUUAUGGAUGAGACAAACUCAUCAGCAACUUUCGGGGAUGUCUCUUCCGUCCUAUCUCUUAUGCCAGGAGUUCAGUAUAAUACAAAAGAGAGAACUUUCAAAGGACCAAUGUAUAAGAAAAAAAAUAAGAUGGCUAUAAAUGAUUAUAAAAUCAUUGCAAAGUCAAGAGAUAACCCAAAGGUCAGAUAUGGUGCUCAGGAGGAGAUCCCCCAGGACUCUCUUAAGCAAGAAACACUCAUAGUCCCAGAAGUGUCUGAAGAAGUAGCUUCCAGCAUUACCUCAUUAACGAAAAAGAGAAAGAAAGGGCCAGAAAUAAUAACUGGAGAUUUAACUAAGAGUCAUCUUCUUCAAGAUGGAAGCUUGUUACAUAAUGUAUCUUUAACAAAUACUGGCACUGGAAGAUUUGGACACAGAAGAAGAUUCACUGACGUAACAUUUACAGGAAAGAAUAAUGACUAUUUUAUGAAUUUCAAUGGAAUGAGGCCAACCACUGCUAAACUGCAUUAUAACAAUAUGAUCAAGAGGAUGUCCAUACGUAAAUCUAUGAAGGAAAUUGGGAAUCAGUUUUCAAUAAAGCAAAUGAUCUUAGAAGAUGUCACGAAUUUUACAUCAAAUCCCCAAAUGGUUGAGAGGAGGAAUAAAUCGAAAAAUAUAAGAAUCUCUGCUUUUAACAAAUUUAACAAUGAUAUUCUGCAAGGAAGAGUUAGUAAUAUUGGGUCUGGUUCUCAAGGACGGGUUCAUUCCGCUGCAUACAACACAAGACCCAGGAUAAAGAAAGAGUUAUUAGAAGGUAGACUCUCUGCUGAGUCUUCACAAAGGAACCAGCUCAGCUCUGGCUCUCGCCUGAGACGUAUUUCAAGAGCAAUAAAGACGAGCCUGAGGGAGAAUGGGGCUAAGAUUAAGGUUAAAAAUUAG